ACACUAGAUCACGCCAGGGUCGGGCUGCGUAAACGGGGAUCGAUAGAAAGCGGCGCGGGUCCCAUGCCGGUUCAGCCUAUUUUUGUUUGAUGGUGUUGGUCGUCACAGUUGAUGCAGGCUUUACUUAUCAAACUUAUGUAAAAAACGCUCCGAUAGUCGUGAUAGCUCUCAAAAGGUUUACGCUUGCUCAUCGCUGUCUCGGCAUCUCGCGUCUGGCUAAAACGAAAUGAUGCGCGGCGGAGUCCGGGGCCGCGGUGGCCUGCGCAUGGGCCGCGGCGGCUACAAGAUGAAGACGUUCGUGCCGCGCCUGCCGUUCGACAUCUACUUGUGCGAGCCGGCCUUCCAGCGCGUCAAGCCGGCGCCCGACGAGACCGCCUUCCAGCAGGCGCUGCUGAAGAGAAACACGGACCUUUCGCCCAGCCCGCCCGAGCAGACGGCCGUGCUCAACCUGGUGACCAAGAUCUCGACCGUGCUCGACACGCUGAUCGUCACCCCCGGCUCGUUCGACGCCUGCCAAAUAGAGGAACACCGGCAAGUGGGCUCCUACAAGAAGGGCACGAUGCGCACCAACCACAACGUGGCGGACAUUGUGGUCAUCCUGAAGACACUGCCGACCCGGGAGGCGGUGGAGGCGCUGGGAAAUCAGGUCACGGAGGAGCUGAAACAGCAGGAACCGUCGGACGUGCUGGUGGUGGCUAUGCUGCCGAACGACCGCGGCUUUGAGAUCAGCAACAGCGAGGCGACUGUGCGCGUGCUGGUGACCACCGUGCACCAGAACCUGCGUAAGCUGGACCCGGAGCUGCACCUGGAUCAGAAGAUCCUGCAGAGCCACCUGGCGGCCAUCCGGCACAGUCGAUGGUUCGAAGAGAAUGCGCAUCAUUCGUCGAUCAAGGUAUUAAUCCGUCUUCUGCGAGAUCUCAAGAAUAGGUUCGAGGGGUUUGAUCCCCUAUCACCAUGGAUGUUGGAUCUGUUGGCGCACUACGCGGUGAUGAACAACCCGAGCCGGCAGGCCAUGUCCGUGCACCAGGCGUACCGGCGCUGCCUGCAGCUGCUCGCCGCCGGACUGUUCCUGCCCGGAUCGGCCGGCAUCGCUGACCCGUGCGAGGGUGGCAACAUCCGCGUGCACACGGCCAUGACGUUGGAGCAGCAGGACGUGGUGUGCCUCACGGCGCAGACCCUGCUGCGGGUGCUCUCGCACGGCGGCUACAAACAGGUCAUCGGCCUGGAGGGCAACUCGACCAUCGCGACGGACAUGAGUGUUUGGGAGGGCAUCGUGGUCUCGCCACUGGAGAAGGCGUACGAGAAGCCGCCAGAGCGCAAGGACGGCGAACAGGGCGAGGACAUGAACGACGAUGACGACAUGGACAUGGCCGACAACUGAUGCUUCCCUCUCGUGUACUGCCAAGGUGCGGCCAGCGGGGUGUCAACGGCACGGCUGCGCGCGUGCCGCCGCACGGUCAUCCUCGUUUUAAUCGUCAUUGUUUUGUAUGGUCGUGAUGCGAACUUCAGUGUAGUGGCAUGGACACGUCUUUUCACGUACUGCGUAACCGCGUAGUGGGUAUUUCGGUAUAAAGUGAACCCUGGCCAUGCCACACCCGUACCGGCAGGGUUCAGUAAAAUUCCACAAGCGCUCUGCACGCUCGGAAAUGACGCUGAUUGGUUGCCGUAUGUGAUGAAACGCACUCCAACACUAUCAGUUGUGUUUUUAUGAAUUAAACCAAAGGUUGCGUA